AUGCUACACGCUAAUUAUGGUUCAACCCUGCAGGUUUGUGAAAUUUUAAGAAUUUGGGGAAAAAAGUGAUCCAGAAUUACUGUAGAAUGUAUUCUUUAAAAUUACUUGUUUUCCAAAAAAUAUAUAAACAAAUCUAAUUUUUAUAAUCAAAUAAGUAAUGAAAAAUGUUUAUAUUUUUGUGUUUUUUCUUUUUUUUUCCAAAUCAUCUGGAAAUGAAAUAAAUAAAUGCGUUUUUUUCAGAUGGGUCAACCACCAGAGAAAAAAUCAGGAAAUAUAAGUGGAAGAUCGAUAAUUGUUUCGAUUCUUGCAUUUAUUUUGGCUGUUGUUAUAACUGCUAUUUUAACAUGGUAUAUUACAAAAACAACAUUAACUGGUGUCGAAAAUUCGACAAAUGUUGAAGAAACAAAAAAUGAAAAGAAUUCUGCAGAAAGUGCAUCAGCUGCAGAUUUGAAACUGCCCGAAACAGUUAUUCCGUUGGAUUAUCAAUUAACAGUCAAAACAUAUUUACCAGGUUAUGGAUGGAAAUCACAAAAUAAUCCAGCAAAGAAUUUGACUUUGGAAGGACAAUUAAUCGUUAAAUUGAAUGUUACACAAAAACUUCGCAAAAUAACAAUGAGUUCUUUGGAUUUGGAAUAUAAUUCGAAGAAAAGUUCACUUUCAAUUGGCGAAGAUCCAGAAAAAACAAUUGAUAUUGAAAGUAUUGAUGUGAAUAAGAAUUUUGAAAAAGUAUUCAUAAAUUUGAAAGAAGCGAUUGAAGCUGGAACUAUUGUGAAACUCAAAUUAGUUUAUACUGGACCACUUAGAAAUGAUAUGACUGGAUUUUAUCAAACUGUUUAUUCAACUGAUGAUGGACAACAAAAGUGAGCAGAUUUUUUUUGUGAAAAAACAACUUUAUUUUUUUCUAGAAUGUCGGCUGUCACUCAAAUGGAACCAGUUUAUGCUCGAAGAAUGGUUCCUUGUUUUGAUGAACCUGCAUUCAAAGCACCUUGGACUGUUACAGUAAUCCAUCCAAAAGGAACAACUGCUUUAUCAAAUGGAAAAGAAAAAGAGAACUCAACAGUGUCGGAGGAAUUUGUUAGCACUUCAUUUAUUCCAACUCCAAAAAUGUCAUCAUAUCUUUUGGCGAUUUUUGUGUCGGAUUUUGAAUAUAAUGAAUCUCAAACGAAAACUGGAGUUAGAGUAAGUUCGAAUAGGGGGAAUAAAAAACCUGGUCCAAACAUUUGGAACUUUUUUUCUGGACUUUUAUUGAUCCAGCCUGAUCCAAAAAAUAUCUAAAUUCUGGUAUUUUUUAGUUCCGUGUUUGGUCGCGACCAGAAGCCAAAAAAUCAACAGAAUAUGCUCUAAAAGCUGGUGUAAAAUGUUUGGAAUAUUAUGACAAAUAUUAUGAUCUACCUUUCCCACUUGAAAAACAAGACAUGGUUGCAAUUCCUGAUUUUUCUGCCGGAGCGAUGGAAAAUUGGGGAUUAAUCACUUAUCGUGAAAAUGAUUUGCUUUAUGAUCCAAAAAUCAAUACAGGAUUGAAUAAAGAAAGAGUUGCAAGUGUAAUUGCACAUGAAUUGGCACAUCAAUGGUUUGGAAAUUUGGUGACAAUGAAAUGGUGGAAUGAUUUAUGGCUUAAUGAAGGAUUUGCAACAAUUGUGCAGUAUUUAGGAACUGAUGAGAUUAGUGAUGGUAAUUUCAAAAUGGUGAGUGAGAUUAAGAUAAGACUUUUUUGAAAAAAUUUGAAUUUUAGGACCAAGAAUUUUUGAAUGAUGAUUUGUCAAGUGCUUUGGAUGCUGAUUCAAUUGCUUCAACUCAUCCAAUGACUUUUAAAAUUGACAAAGGAUUUGAAGUGUUAGAUUCUUUUGAUACAAUCACAUAUUCAAAAGGUGGAAGUGUUUUGUGGAUGUUGAGAAAAACAUUGGGAGAAGAGAAUUUCAACAAUGGAAUUAAUGCAUAUUUGAAAAAAUAUUCAUAUUCAAAUGCUGAAGCUGUUGAUCUUUUUAAAAGUUUGACUGAAAAUCUGCCAAAUGGUAUUACAAAUUCUGAAGGGGGUCAAUUGAAUGUGACUGAAUUUGCUGAACCAUGGACAUCUCAAUUAGGAUAUCCAAUGAUUUCUGUGGAUAAAGUUAAUUCAACUCAUAUUAAAUUGAGUCAAGAAAGAUUCAAGAAAUUGAAAGAUGCCAAAGAACAAGAGAAAUACAGUCAUCCAAAAUGGGGAUUCAAAUGGGAUGUUCCAAUUUGGUAUCAAGAUUUGAAUGGUGGAAAAAUUGAAAUGAAAUGGUUGAAAAGUUCCGAAGAUUUAUAUAUUGAAUCUGAUAAAACAUUGGUUUUCAAUGCAAAUUCUGAUGGAUUUUAUCGUGUAAAUUAUACGGAACAAAUGUGGAAUGAAAUUAGUGAUGUUUUAUUGAAAAAACAUGAUGUAAGAUAAUUUUAUAAGAAGAAAUUAAAAUUGUAUAGUUUUAAUUUUCAGGUAUUUUCUGUUCGCACUCGUGUUCGUCUAGUUUCAGAUGCUUUUGCAAAUUCAUAUUCAGGUGGAAUGACUUAUGAGAUUCCAAUUAAAUUAAUUGAAUAUCUCAAAAAUGAACAAGAAUAUGAAGUUUGGCAAACAGCAAUUCAAGAAUUAAGAGCAAUUGUAACAAUGUAUGGAACUGAUCCGGAAAAAGAACCUAUCGAAAAAUUCAUGACGAAACUAAUUUCAAAAUCGCCAGCUUAUAAAGAUAUCAAUUAUGUUGUGAAACAUUAUACUGAUGAAAAACUAUUCUUUGAAGUGUGAGUUUAUUUCGAAAUGAAGAGAAAAGAAAAAAAUGGAAUUUUUAGAAAUGCAGCACAAUUAUUGAUUUCAUCUGAAUGCACUUUGAAUGAUGCUGGAUGCAUUGGAAAUAUGACUAAAUUAUUCCACGAUGAUGUUAUUGCAAAAUGUGAUUCGAAGAAAAUGUUAUCACAUUGUUCAACGUAAGUUCUACUUUCUAGAAAUAUAAAAUCACAUGAUCUCAAUUCCAGAGUACCUGCACCAUUCCGUGGUCUUUCAUAUUGUCAAGGAGUUCGAAAUGGAAAUGAUGAGAUAUUUGAAAAAGUAAUUGGAUGGUAUAAUAUUGAAAGAAAUCAAGCAGAAAAAAGAAAGAUUUUGAAUGCUUUGGCAUGUUCGAAAGAUGUUGUACAACUUAAAAAAUUAUUGUUGGAUUCGAUGAAAAAAGAAGGUUCGAUGUUCCGUUUGCAAGAUGUUUCUAGUCUUUUUGCAUUCGUUUCAAAAAGUUCAGUGGCUCAAGAUUCAAUGUUUGAUUUCUUAUUAACAAGAUGGGAUGAAAUGCAAGUAAGAUUGGCUGAAGAUCGAAGUGGUUUUAAUGGAGUAUUGAAAUAUUUGACAAAUAAUAUUAGAAAUGAACAAGGAUUGGAACAAUUGAAAAAUUUCGAGAAGAAAACUAAAAAUUGGGAUUUCCGAAAAAUUGAAGAAUCAAUUGCGGUUGUUAUCAAUUGGAGAAAUAAAAAUGCGAAAAAAGUAUCUGAAUUAUUCGAGAAUGCCAUUAAAAAUAUUUGA